GUAUCUUCAAGGUUAGCCCGAUGUUGAUCUAAGUUCCUGCGCGACAAAUCUCGACCAGAUAUUCACCUGAAUUGACUCUCGACGAGUUUCCUGUGGUAUCGUCAACGGAGGCGUUUCUUGCCCUCGUUAAACCUAUGCAGCCUCCCAUCCUAGGCGGCUGGAGUGACCAAACAUUUCACUGAAAUUUAACAACACCUCGCAUGCCAUUUUCGUCCAUCUUAUCCACUGCAUUACAAAUCGGUACCAUUAGAGGCGCUCUAAUCGUAUCAUCAGUGACUUAACCUAAAACACAUGCACGUACACAAGUGAAUUUUAAAGUUAAACACAUAUCUAAAACAAACUAAACCACCGAGCUUCUCGAUAGGCGAAAUAAUUAAUUGAUACACAUUACACGUGACGUGACAGCUGCAUGCAAUCACCCUUAUCUCGAAUUUGAUUUGAAAACUCAUGAAGGAGACAUUUAUUAUAAUCUGACCGGACAUAUAUGUAUGUAUUAUUACACUGAGGUUAAGUAACGCAGCAAAGAGGCAUGGUAUGUAAUGGCUUCGCUCGCAAGUACUGUUUCUAGGGAAAGAUUUCUUACUGCGUUUGAAAAAAAUGAGACACUGAAUACGACAUGCCAGGAGAUCGCCUCAGAAAUACAAUCUGGGCACACGAAGCUUUAUGCAGUUGUGAAAGAGCUUGGACCUUUUGUUACCGACAAAAAUCUCAUUACGAGGGAAAAAGGCAUUGAUGCCCUCUCUUCUAUAUUGUCUCACUUACCCAAAGAAUACUUGAAUGAAAAUGAAUUAUGUUUUGUAACAGCAUUUUACUGUGAUAGGCUUAAAGACCAUCAUAGCAUUAUACCAUCAGUGUUGAGAGGGAUAUUGUCGCUUGUUGAAAUGAAACACCUACCUCGGAAUUCACCAGAACGUUUACUCAGAGUACUUUUUGAACAUGUCCAAUGCCAAUCUCAACUGUUGCGUGAUCGCCGUAACAUAUAUUUAAUAUUUAUAACAUUACUACAAAACAGAAUAGAAGACCUAAAAGCUAUGGGACCAGACUUUAUUUAUGGAUUUGUUAGCUAUAUUGAUGGAGAAAGAGAUCCUAGAAAUCUUAUGCUAUUAUUUAGCAUACUUCCACAGUUUAUAAAAGAAUUCCCAUUAGGUCAUUUGACAGAAGAAAUGUUUGAAGUCACUGCAUGCUACUUUCCAGUCGACUUCAAUCCUUCUGGGUCAGAAGGGGUAGGAAUAACACGUGAUGAUUUAGCAGAGAAAUUGGCACCUUGUCUUUAUGCUGUACCAGAAUUUGCAGAAUUUUGUAUACCACUUAUACUCGAUAAAUUAUUCUCGAAUCUUAAAGUUGCCAAGUUAGACUCUUUAGAUCUGUUAUGCAAAGGCAUGCACACAUUUGGUGUAAAAGGUGCUGCACCAUUUCUGACUGAACUAUGGCCUGCCUUGAGAAAAGAGAUCAUACCUGGUGGAGACUUAGAACUAAAAAGUGCAAGCUUAAAGACAGUCAUGUCUAUAAUUUCAGUUAUAUCGAGUGAUACCAAGCUUUGUGAAGAGUUUAUUGAUAAUGUAAUUACAGAUACAAAGUCUUCUUUGUACGAUGUUCAACUUAGUAUGUUUAGACCAACUGUUAAGGCAUUAGAAUGCGUUGCAAAAGUUAAUACGGAAUCAUGCACACAUGUAUUAAAAGUAAUAGUGCCAUUAUGUCUUGGUCAAUAUUCUGUCAAAACUUCAGCAACUGAUAAAGUUAUUUUAAUUGAAACACUAAAUAACUUUAUUAAAAUCAGCUCUGAACAUAAAAUUGAUAUAAAAAGUGUUGCAGAGUUAUCAUGGACAGAUAUACCGCAAUUAUAUUUAAGUGAACUAUCAACACAGCAUACAGAGCUGCAAUCAAGACUAUUAGUUGGUCUAACACUGCAGAAAUUGUAUUUAAAUGAUAUACAUCGAAGAUGUCUCUAUGAAAAAAUUUGUAACUUGAUUGAAACAUCUUGUAACGAAAUGAGAAUAAUUUGCCACGCAUCCAUUUUAGCUUUUGCUUCUUUGUAUCCCCAGGAAAUAUCAGCUUUGAUAAAGGAGAAAUUUAAGUUAGAAAUUGGCGAAGAAACCGUAAAAGUACAAAUUCGCAAACUGGAAGUAUUAGCAGCAGUAGCUAAAACGUACAAAUUAGGUAUUGAAGUACUUCCACACAUUGUAUCUCAGACAAAGGCUAUCAAUUUCGAAAUAAGCUUUACAGCUUUAACGUGUCUUCACAGGCUAGUUGCUACAAAAAAUAUUGAUUAUGAUAUUCAACAAUAUCUGCAUAAUGAAUGUAAUAUUAUUGAAAAAUUAGCCGCCAUUGACAUCAGUCCCCUGGAUCAAAGAUUAGAUUUGAUUUUAAAUAUUUCUCGAUUAAUUGUAAGAAGUCUCACGCUCGAACAACAGCAAAGCAUUGUCGACAAAUAUGUUGCAGCUUUAAGUACGAAUAUUUUAGAGAUCAAGGCAGUGUUCAUAAUGAAUAUAUUCAUUCCCUUAAGGCUAAAUGUUGAUUUAAUAUUGACCUCGGAUUUGUUAGAAAAUUUGUGUAAUUUAGCUCUGAACAGUAUUCAUUCCAAUGUAAGGCUUACAACGUGUAAAUUCAUAGCUGUUGUGUUAAACAAAAUGAAUGAUAAUAGUGAAUGCUUCCGUCGCGUGUUGUUAUACUUCAAAGAAAAGAUAAAUAUUAGUCUAGAAACGAAUAUUUGCAUCGAAGCAGCAGCAUCUUUACAAAUAUGGUUAACAAAAGCCGUAAUUACAAGAGGUUCUUAUGAUGUUGAAAUAUUUUUAGACGAAAUUACAAAUCUUUUAAAACAUGAUCAAAUUGGUCAACAAAUGGCCCAGGAAUAUAAAGAUUUAACGAGUAAACAGGAAGAUGCCUUAGUACAAGAAAAUUUUUGUAUCGUCAAAAUCUUUUAUAAACAAAGAGUAUUUGAACAUUUAAUUAAAAAAAAUCUCGAGUUCGAGGACACAUCAAGACAAAGAUAUUUGACUGCAGUGGUAUACUUAUUAGAGGAAGCACCUGUGGAACUCCUAUUUAUGCAUUUAACAAAGCUGGUACCACUUUUAAUAGAGUCUUUGUCUCUUGACAAUGAACAGUUAAUUUUUUCAACACUGACAACAUUGAAAGUUCUAUUGGAGACCAAACAUGUUAUUUUCUCUGAUAAAGCACAAUGUUUUAUCCCCAAACUUCUAAAGCUGAUUACUUACACAACAAUGAGAGUUAGAAUAACAGCUCUAGAAUGUUUAAUGAAUUAUUGUAAUUAUCCGACGGUUCUACUUAAUAUAUACAAGCAAGAUGUAUUAGAAAAACUGGCAAUAUCCCUUGACGACCGGAAACGUUUAGUCCGAAAUGCUGCAGCGAAAGCUAGAACACGGUGGUUUUUGGUCGGAGCUCCAGGAGGAAUUUGAGACCAAUGAUCUGUUUAUCCUAAGUGAAACCAAGUUACAAAUAAAAUGUUGUACGACUUACAAAUAUGUAUAUUUUUUUUAAACAUAUAAAUGAAACGUUGAUUGUC